AUGGGUUGCCGCACUAUUUCUAGCCGGCUUAUUACCAUCCGCCUUAGAGCAGUCCCAUUCAACAUCACUAUCAUUCAGGCGUAUGCCCCGACGUCAGACUAUGAUGAACAGGCUGUGAAGGGCUCCUACGACCUGAUACAAGAAGUGAUAGACCAGACCCCUAAAAAAUACAUCAUCGUUGUACAAGAUGACUGGAAUGCAAAAGUAGAAAAGGAUGCAUGCAAGAACUGGAAAGGAACGUGUGGACAAUACUGCAACUCAGAGUCAAACGAAAGAGGUCUAAGGCUCCUGGAAUUUGCCAGCUAUAAUAACCUAGUGCUGACAAACACGUUUAGCCAACACACAGCAUCACGGAGAUGGACAUGGCACAGUCCAAGUGGAGAACAUCACAACCAGAUUGACUACAUCAUGGUGAAAAAGCGCUUCCAGUCCAGUAGUGUCAAAAUUGGGAAAACACGAACAUUCCCAGGAGCAGACGUUGGAAGCGACCACGACCUUGUGAUGAUGACCUUUCACCUCCUCCUGAAUAGGGUUAAAAAGCAAGGAAACACAAGGAUGAAGUUUGAUGUCGAAAAACUAAAGGACCCAGAAGUAGCUGCAGCCUUCCAAGCCAUGAUAGGAGGAAAGUGUGCACCACUCACUGUCAUUGAUGCUGGUAACAACAAUGACACAGACAUGGACACGUGGAUCAACACCUUCAAUACAGCUGUGACUGAAACAACCAGUCAGAUCCUCGGAAAACACCGACGAGUCAAUAAGCCCAGGAUCACAACUGACGUCCUUAACCUGUGUGACAAAAGGAGAAAACUAAAAGAGAAAAAGAAACAACCAGAUGGUGCGAAGGAGUACAGAGCAAACUACCGCACCAUCAGUCUAAUAAGCCAGCCCAGUAAGUUUAUGUUGAAGAGAAUGCUGAACAGAUUUAAACCACAGGCAGAAAAGAUCUUUGCCGAAGAGCAGGCAGGCUUUAGAGCAGGGCGGAGCACAAAAGAGCAGAUCUUCAACCUCAGGAUACUGUCUACUGGAAAUAGAUUUGUUAUCUUCAGCUUAUAUUUCCUUAACCAAAAGGCCCGCUAUGUAAGCCGGACAGCUAUCGCACACUUGCUGACAGAAAUUCUGACGGCACCAAGGUUCUUCACCCUGCACAUGAAACAUGGCUCAUGCAUCAUGUACAAGCUAGCAAUUCCAUUCACAAUGAUGGAUCACGCAUAA